GGGUGCUUGUACUAGUUGACUCCGCCAAAAUACAAUAAAAUUUGUUUUAAGAAGGAGAACUAAUAGCUUCAAUCGUAAACUUGGGUGCCUAAGAGGCUUUACAUGCAAUAAGGCACAUGUCCCAUUUUUAUUAUCCAUAAAUUCUGAGAAACCAAGAAAUAAUGGAAAGAUAAUUCCUUUUUCCUUCCCUUUCUCUUUUUCCUAUCUAGUGAAUUCGUUGUACUUUGAAAUCAAGUUUUCAUUUCGAGUUAAUCCUUUGAGAAUUUGUUGCUAUUGAAACUAGAUAUUUCAUCCACGACUCCUCAUACAUACACAGUUGAAGGAAUGGAAUUUGUGUUUGGGUUCUUUUUGAUUUUGGAUUGGAAUCAAGAACUACAAAGUUUCCAUCCAGAGAAAAUUAACGGAACAAAAGGAGUUUGGACAUUCUCCCCUAUUUUCUCUAAUUUUAAUUUUAUUGUUAUGUGAUCUAUAAUCAUUUUUUGGUAAAUAUAGAAAGAUUAUGAUUAGAAAAUAUUAUGCGCAUGCAACUUGGUUGUUAUACUGUAUGAACCAAAAGGAAUCGAUAUGCAUUUCCAAUUCUUAGUUUUCUCUUGUAACCUCUUUCCAGAGGAUAAAUUAAAUGUUGGGUUUGUGUGAGUUUGACCUUACUGUGUACAGGAGAAGAAUUUUUCAUGCGUGCAACAUGUUUGUGAUAUUGCCUUCACAAAAAAUCAUAUAUUGCUAUUACUAAUACUUGCUAUAGAGUUUUGUAUUAUAAAAGGUGCAUAUUGAAAACUAGGAGAGGGAGGCCACUGAUAGCUCUUAAGUCUUUAUUGCUUAUACAUGGAUUUGGUUGGAUCCACAGUGGCUUACAAGAUGAAAGCAUAAAUAACAUGCUAAGAACGGGUAUAUCUAGAAUUUCAUGAUAAAUGCAGUCAUGUGCAAAUAAUUACUGUAUGGUUAUGUAACUUAAAAUUCCUAUGAGUUAUUAUGUACUAGUAACUACUUCUUCUAUCAAUACGUAGUUCUGAUAAGAAUGCACGCGUUCAUGUGGGCGGGAAUUCGGUUCUAUAGUAGUACAUAUCCUAGUGUACCUCUUAAUUUGAUAGGUUUGAAUCAAAAGAGUAGAAAUGCACCGUUUCGGUGUAUGCAAUAUGUAGCUAUUUUGAUCCCUUUGAACUUUUAUAUUUGUAGAGUAUGUACUAUGUACUCAUAGUAUGGAUUGAUUUUCCACGGAUAAUUGGAAGAGUCGAAAGUAAUUCUUUGACGUGAAAGCAUUUUUUGAAUUUUAAUCGUGAUUUAUCCUUCCAGGAAUUUUGAUGACUUAAAUAUGUCAAGUUGCGGGUAUCGCUAAUAUUUGAUUUAGUUUGUUUUUAACACCUCAUAAAGGCCUCUGUGGUAUCUGACUAUAAAUCUAGUUUUACAUGAGAAAUUAUUUUGAUUAGUGGUCUUGCUCGCUCCCUUAGCUUAUUAACAUUCCUUGAUACUAUUUUGACAAAUUGUACAACCUUAUUUUAUUUCUAGAGCUACUACUCGAUGGGAAAAUGUUCUUGUAAGGAAUAAUUAAUUGAAUGGAGUGGGAUGUUCUUCAUAGUUAUGUGAUGAUCCUUCUGGAGGUUCUACUUCAACCACUUGGAUUUCUGAUUCUGGUGCUUCAAGACAUAUGACUGGUGGACGGACAAACAGGUUUCUUCAUUAUGGGAGUAGCACUGCGCGGUUGAUCGUCAAGCGCCCGGGCUAGGGACACAUGCUCGCGUGUGUAGGCUAAAUGCGGCGCUGGAACAAAAAACGUUGUAAUUAACCCGCCAUAAUAGAUGCAAACCUCUGGAUCAGAUUUUGAUCGGCUGAGAAGAACCAAUUGGGAGAGGUAUGAACUAAAUACAAAGAAGGAUAUUGGUGAAGCUGAGUAUGUCACCUGGUACAAGUCGAUUGCGAAGCCUGUAAUUGGGACACAGAACAUGCACAUCUAUGGGUUUGAUUUUCCAGGGUUAUCAAGCAUGUCCCAUGAUGCAAAUAUCGUUCCUAGCCAGCCACCUCCAAAAGAGCCAUGCUUUAAGACUUACCCCACCGCGGGUGCAAGUUCUUCAUCAUUUUCGUCAAAUAUGCACGAAAUUCGUUGGGAGAUGCCAAGUAUUACUUCACAAGGUGAUCCAACCACGAUCCCCAUUGUUUCCCAAGCUAUGGAACGUGAUUAUCCUUGCUACAAUGUGACUGCCAGUAACGAAGAGUUGUGGAGCCAACUGAACGAUUUGUAUUGGGUGAAUCGGCAAAUGGAGGCUAUACACUUGAAUGUGUGUUGGAAAUGGCACGAGGACACAAUGUUUGUAUUGGGUCCAACUGUAAAUGAUGAUGGGUGUUCACCGUAUACCGAUUCCACCAGGAGCAACAGAUCAUUGCACGAUAGUGAUAAUACAGUGGUGGGGGAAACACAAGUACGACACAGUACUUCACCACAAACUGUGCUUGUAUCUCAACCUCAAGUAUCUCGGCUAGAUCCAAAUCGCAUUUCAUCAUCAUUCUCGCCCUACAAUCCAAAUGAUUGCUACAAUGUUACACCACAACAACAACAAACAUCUUAUAUGCUUGAAGGACCGAGUGCUUUCCAAUCGCCUAAUGUUGUUCAACCAGCUUUAUCCCCUGGAAAUUUAUUUAAUAUGUUGGAAAGUGGGGAUAUCCCAGGUUUAUCUGCAGGUCUUGGAGAAUUCUUGACUCCAGAAGAUAACAAUGGGAGAGCUAAUGAUGAACGACGUUAGAGAGAUUGUAAUUUUUAAUUCUGCUACAUUUGUAAUUUUAGUUUUAAAAGUACGACGGUCUAAAUUAAAUGAAAUUACAUAUGUUUA